AUUUGCGACGCACAUAAAAAAAUAUGGACGCCGUUGUGGAAGCUAGUAAUGGAAAKGAGUUUCGUGGAGAAACUGACGGUUCCACGAUGCUGGAGCGACUUCAGAGACGGCACCAGGCGAGGGUAGAAGAUGCUGAACGGAGGCAAGAAGCCAAACGGAACCAGACCGUCGCCGAGGAGAAGGAGUAUUUCAUCAGCACCUURAACUCGGAGCGGGCGAGUAUCGAAGAGCUGCUGUCCGGCUGCUCUGGAGCUGACCGGGCUGCUGUCACCCAGAAGCUGGAGGAGGCGACAACCAAAACAGCGCAGCUGCAGAAAUUUCUUAACGACAACGUGUAUGUUCUCACACAGUACCAGCUAAAGACAGCCCAGGCAGCUCUUCAGAAGCUCCACGCUUCCCUCGCUGAGACUAGAGASGAGUCUCUGCCCAAGAAGAAGUUCGCCUUCCGGUCUCGCACUAAAGCAGCAGAUAAACCCUCCCCACAGGUGACUGAUACCGCUCCCCUUGCUGAUUCAGGCACUGUCAAGUUGGACGGAUSUCCACCCUCUGAGCAGUGUGGCUUCUCCAACAUUCACGACGAGUUUCUAACRAAGACAGCUGAGGAAAUCCAAAACCAGGAUGUGCUGCUGACUCAUCUGACCAACUGCAAAGUUCGUCUGUUCGGCUCCCCGAGCACCCUGCACCUGAAGCACAURGACAGCUGUGAGAUCCUGUGCGGGCCUGUGGCUACGUCUGUGUUCGUGGAUCACUGCAGGAACAGCGUUCUGGCCUUCCCCUGCCAGCAGCUGCGGACCCACAACACCACCGACACCCAGGUGUACCUGCACGUCACCAGCCGAGCCAUCAUAGAGGACUGRCGCGGGGUGAGCUUCGCCCCGUUCUCCUGGUCCUACCCCAGCAUGGAGGAGGACUUUUCUGUGUCCGGCCUGGAUCGGGACAGGAACAACUGGAGCCAGGUGGACGACUUCAACUGGCUCGCAGCKGGGACACCGUCCCCAAACUGGACUGUUAUUCCAGAAGAUGACAGAAAAACCACCUGGGACCCUUAAAAUCUAAUAUUUAAAGCUAUUGCUUAUUAACAAACAAAGCUUCACAACUCAUUAGAUAUAGAUUGUAUCAACUUUAACUAUAUUUUAAAGUUAAAGCUUAAAUGCUUGUUUUUGUCUGAAACUGCAUCCCUUUUUUUCACUUAUACAUUUUUAAACAGGAAGAUAGGGAUAAAGGUGAAGGGAAAAAAAUCACAACAAAUUGUUCUAAAGUUUUGCUUAUGUGCACUCCUUAUUUCUAUAAAGCCCACCGUUUUGUCAACUGUCUAAAACCUCAGGCAUCAAAUAUUUAUUUUUUUUUAUUUCUUAAAGGCAUAAAAUUCUAACAACUGCUGAACAGUGGUAGCUGUUUUUGUUGAUCAGAUAUUUUAUCCAAGGUUUAUUCCAAAUUUUAGUUUUGAUGAAAAUACUCUUUGUUUCUAUUAUCUACAGUUUGAGAAAUUAAUUUUUAAUGUGCAUGUUCUAGUUGAAAAGCACUCAAAAUGACACCAACCAUCUCUCAUCUACAGUUCGAGUUUUCAAAUGAAGUUCAAAACGAUGCAGCGGGAACGACAAGCGAUGACCUUCCCCGAUCUUGCACUUUUUUUUUUCUUGUGCUUUUAUUUCAGCCGUUUGCAUCAUGCAUCGCAUUUUCUCCAAAACAUUUCAAAUUAAAAGCACGAAGCUGAGUUGUUUUGGCUCAUUGAACAUAUUAUUCCUUCAAAAGUGAUCAAAGCUUUGCAGAUUUGCUUCAUCUAUAUCAAGCAUUUUAGAAAAUAAAUUACACAUUUUUCGUGAUUAUUAAAUAUAGUACUGUGACUCUUAACUGUAACUUGUCCUGUAAGGUACUUAAAAAAAACAGUUAUAAUUGCAAACUUAAAAACUGGCUUACAGACUUACCACUGCAUUUAAUUUAAUCUCUGUUUACAUUGUAAACAAAUCUGUCACCUUCCAUGCAAGAGUUUUAGCAUCCUUAUGUUGAGAAAAUGAAAAAAAACAUGACUGUUAUGGUUGAAUCUUGAAGAUAACCUAAUGUGCAAUGGCAAUCCUGAGAUGUCACGUUCAGCUUUUACUUCAAUAAAUUUUGGCUCUACCUGUAAAA